CAUCCGACAACUGCGACAGAAUCACAAUAGCAAUAAGAGAGAGGAGAGAGAGGGAGAAAGACGUUGGUUUUUUUUUUUUUUGUUGUUGGCAGCAUCCGGAUAACAACCAGAGAAGAGCAUAUCCAUCUCUAUUUCUCUCUCUUCUUUCGAUCAAAAAGAAAGAGAUUCGAUUUGCCAUUACAAAACAUAGGUUUUGACGGGAAAUGGGUACGUUCCAAAGCUUCAGGAAAGCUUAUGGGGCGCUUAAGGACUCCACCAAGGUUGGCCUGGCCAAGGUCAAUAGCGAAUUCAAGGAUUUGGAUAUUGCCAUUGUCAAGGCCACCAAUCAUGUAGAGGGUCCUCCAAAAGAACGGCACGUUAGAAAAAUUUUUUUUGCAACAUCGGUUGCCCGUCCACGGGCAGAUGUUGCCUACUGCAUUCAUACACUUUCAAGGAGGUUGGCAAAGACACGCAACUGGAUUGUUGCCAUAAAGGCGUUGAUUGUUAUUCAUAGGACAUUGAGAGAGGGUGAUCCUACCUUCAGAGAGGAAUUACUAAACUAUUUACACAGAGGACAUGUUUUUCAAAUAUCCAAUUUCAAGGAUGACUCGAGCGCUCUUGCUUGGGAUUGCUCUGCAUGGGUUCGGACAUAUGCACUCUUCUUAGAGGAACGCCUCGAGUGUUUUAGAACCCUGAGAUAUGACAUUGAGUCAGAGCGUUUGACAAAAUCAUCACUUGGGGCAACAAAGGCGCACAGCAGAACACGGCUCUUGAGUGGUGACGAGUUGUUGGAGCAACUACCUGCAUUGCAGCAGCUUCUCUACCGCCUAGUUGGUUGCCAGCCUGAAGGAGCAGCUUACCAUAAUUAUGUAAUACAGUAUGCAUUGGCUUUGGUAUUGAAAGAAAGCUUCAAAAUAUAUUGUGCCAUCAAUGAUGGGAUUAUUAAUCUUGUGGACAUGUUCUUUGACAUGUCCAAACAUGACGCAGUUAAAGCACUGAAUAUCUACAAAAGAGCUGGACAACAGGCUGAAAAUCUUGCUGAUUUUUAUGACUUCUGCAAAGGUUUGGAUCUUGCUAGGAACUUUCAGUUUCCAACAUUGAGACAGCCACCUCCUUCAUUUCUUGCCACAAUGGAGGAAUAUAUAAAAGAAGCACCUCAGAUAGGUUCUGCUUCACAUAGGAGACUGGAGUUUCAGGAGACAGAUCAAGAUUAUCAGAAACACGAAGAACCUGCUCCUCAAGAGAGCGAAAAACUGGUAGAAGAAGAAGAAGUUGAAAUUAAAGAAGAAUUGGAAGAUACACAAGAAGAACCUAAGCCUAAGGAAGAGGAUGAAGUUCCUCCAUUGAUAGCACCCGAAGAACCUGGGGAUUUGCUGGGUUUGAAUGAAAUAAAUCCAAAAGCUGCCGAACUAGAGGAAAGCAAUGCGAUGGCUCUUGCCAUAUUUCAACCUGGUCAUGAUCCUUUCUCGAUGAAUCAUGGGUUGAGUGAAAUUGGAAAAACUUCAGGAUGGGAGCUCGCUCUGGUUACUACACCGAGCAACAAUAAUAGCCAAGCGUCAGAAAGAAAAUUGGCGGGUGGGUUUGACAAGCUAUUACUUGAUAGCUUGUAUGAAGAUGAUACUGCCAGGAGACAAAUACAGCUGGCGAAUGCAGGCUACAAUACCGGCUACAGUACAGGCUAUGAAUAUGGAACGACAGUACCAAAUCCAUUUGAUCAUCAGGAUCCAUUUAUAAUGUCCAACAACAUAGCACCCCCGACCAACGUGCAGAUGGCCUUGAUGGCUCAGCAACAUCAACAUCAACAUCAACAAAUGAUGAUGCAACAACAACAGCAGCAGCAGCAGCAGCUACAGCAGAACAUGAUGAUGAUGGUGCCUCAUCAAUAUUCUCAGCAACAAAUGCUUUCUCAGCAACAGAUGCCAUAUAUGGGUUCUUCAAACCCGUUUGGAGAUCCUUUCUACUAUCCUCAGAGUGCAAUGCCACCACAGGGAAACCAUACUUUACUUUAGAGACCAUUUCGUCUCUCCCUUAAUUUUAUUGUAUUCUUAAAUUCUUCCUGAGUAGGUGAAUCCUCUUGUUUACUGUGACAUUU